AGUUCUGUGGUUUUCCAGAGUAUGUUUCACCUCCUCACCUACUGCUGGUCUUGGCUGCAGGCAAUUCAAGAGCCGCUGAGAAAAGUGACUCUCCUUGUCCUUGGCCUAGACGGAGCAGGGAAAAGUUCCCUAGUCAGAGAAAUCCAGAGAGUACUCUCCUGUGAAGUUCUCCCCACCUCGAAGCCCAACCAGACAGAGCUCAGAGUGGGCAGGUUUGAGGUAUCUCUCGUCGACCCCGCUGGGGGGCAGCGAACCUGGAGGAACCACUACAGCAAAGCUCAUGGGAUAAUCUUUGUGCUCGACUCGGGCGACGUGGCACAGAUGGAUGAGGUCAAGAAGACCCUCGUCCGUGUCUUGGGGCACCCUAAGGUUUCAGGAAAGCCCCUGCUAUUGCUUGCAAACAAACAGGACAAGUUGGACGCUCUCUUGCCCUGCGAGAUCAUCGAGUGCCUGUCUCUGGAGAAGCUUGUGAACGAAAGCAAGUCGCUGUGUCGCAUUGAACCCUGUUCAGCCACUAAAAGGCUUCACAAGUCUCAGUCCUGGACCAUCGUUCAAGGGCUUCACUGGCUCUUGCGCACCAUUGCCCUCAACUAUGGGGCCCUGUGUGACCGCAUCCAGGAAGACGGCCUUGAACCACAAGCGUUAAUGGAGCGGGACAUAUCCCGGAAGGCACGGAGACCCCGGAGCAAGACCCGGGAAGACAGGGAGCCACCAGCCAAAAGGGAGAGCUCCCAAGCACAAAAUGCCAGGACAGAGGAAAGCAAACCAACAAAGAACUCCCAGAACAUUGUUUCACAGGAGGAGGACAUAACAACGGCACCGAAGAAGAAGAAGAAAGUAAAGCUCAAGAUGAAGAAGAAAGUUUCAGUGCAGUCGAGCAGCACGUUGGCCAGAGACGACAAGGGGAAAAUAGCAGCAAGUGGGAGCAAAGGUGGAGCCAUCGGCGGCCUCAUCCAGAACAACAGGGUUGCCCAAGAGAAUCCCAGAAUCCGGGAAACAUCUCCAACAGCAGGACAGAACACAAAGAAGAAAAAUAAAAUACUGAAAAAUAAAAUCAAAAUCCAAGAGCGAACAGAGACACGACCAAAUGAGCCCCUGUCGACCACUUUUGAAUUAUAUCGGAGAGCCAUGCUGGCUCUGAAAAUGCAACAGGAAGAACAGAAGAAACGCUCGACGACCGUUGCCUGA